AUGCCAGAAGAAAACUGGGCCGCGCAUGGCGGCGUGCAAGCGUGUGAUCUAUGUCACGCUAGGAAGGUCAAGUGUGAUCGUAAAGAUCCUUGCUUCAACUGCACAAGUUCAAAGAGCCAAUGCCUUCGCAACAGGCAUAAACGAGCUCCCCGUCCUAAGGUUCGAACAGAUGACAAGAUCCAAGCCCUUGUCCAAAGAUUAUCGAGCCUUGAGGACACCGUUCGCGUCACUCAAGAAACUCCACGACCUUCAGUUGCCAUUUCAGAAGAAAAAUCCCCAGACCAAAACGGAGCUUCCGAUCGCCCGUUGAAGCGCAAGCGUACAAGCAGUGCUGUCAACGCUGGCGCCCUUGCAGCGACACCAGAGGUCGACACAGUGCAGCAGCCUACAACAAGUGAAGCACGUAAUUUGAUCCAAAAAGAGCUGUCAAUGAACAGCCGCUUCUCGAUGCAUCAGCGCUCGGUGCUGGAGACCGCGAUCUCGUUUGUCGACCACUUAUCAAAUGCUCCUGUGCCGGCCAUGAAGGACCGCAGUUCAUUCGACAAGUCAAUGUACGAGCCUACAGAGCUUACCAAUGGCGAAAUCCUUCAUGUAAUCCUGGGGACUGAGACCAAAAGCAUGGCGCCAACCACUAUUCACUUCCACAGUCUCGAUCACCUCCCGCCAAAAGCAGUCGAGAGGAUCGCUCUAGCCCUAAUGGAAGGCACAGCAGACGAGAAGACUGAAAAUCUGUACAAAGUCAUCAUCCACUUCAAGUUUGCGGUUGUCCUUUAUGCCAGUCAGCUGCAGGGGCCGAAGAGUCCGGCCGUGCAGAAGCACAUCCAGCAGCUUGAAUACAAGCAUCUCAGCGCAGCACUUACUGCCCUGGACCAUAUCAGUUUCCUCAGCACACCCUCAUUACUCUUGGUCCAAGUGUUGAUAACGGGCGCUAUGAUGAUGCAGAUCAUAGGAAAUCCUGCAAGCUGUUGGGAGCUCACAGCUCAUGCUUCGCGCACCCUCGUCGCGCUGGGCUAUCAUAAGUUGACAGGCAGUGAGAUCAAAGACGAAUACGCUGAAGAGAUACAAGCGGCUGUUGCCUGGUGUUCUCAUUUUGACAGCUGUAUGAGCCUAUUGCUGCUACGCCCAAGGUCUCUUCCCCCUAUGAGCGUCAAGAUCUCGUCUCUGAUCGUACCCAACCCGCUAAAUCCGAUGAGCAUCUUCGAAAUCAUCGCCAUGGAGAUGAUACCUGUUCACGACAAGAUUCUGGAUCUUACGCUGGACCAUGCGUCAAGAAAAUCCAAUGCACCGCUCAAGGAAGAAGUCGCUUGGCUCAGGAGUCAGAUGUCUGACAUCUACAAUAUCAUGCAAAGAGACUGUCCAAGUCACCUCCUCGACUCUAUUAUGGACAUUUUGUUGCACUGGAAGUGUCUAGAGUUCAAGUACUACUCAACUCUGACUUCAGUCCAUCGCCUCAGCCCCACGGUCACGACCGAUCCCCUGGAGAGGGAAGAAUGUCUCCGGAGCGCGCGCCUGGCCCUCGAGUGCGUCAAGGUCAUUAUGUCCACGUCGAAGAGCUUAGGCCAUUUCAUCGAGGGUUACGAUCCGUAUUUGGCCUGGACCAUGCUAUCAUACCCACUUUGUCCUUUCUUCGUGGUGUUCUGUAACGUUGUAGGCACGUCCAAUGAGCGCGAUUUCCAGCUUCUGCAGGCUGUCACCGACGGUAUCUCUGCCCUCGUCACCGAGAACAAGUACGUCAACCGGUUACACCGUCUAUGUGCUACGCUCUUGAGUCUUUGUAACCCACUUGUCAAGACUUCAGGACCACAGGAUCUUAGCAGUUCAAGCGCUGCCGUCCCAGGUUUCUCCGCUCAGACUUCGGCACAGCCUUCCGCACUGUCGAGUAUGCGCAAUACUCCAGAUCUACUCAAUGUGGCGUCCAGCGUCGGCACCAAUAAAACCGAUGGCUUCCUACCAUCGACCUGGAACGACGACAUGAUGUGGCAGUUGUUCCAGUCGCAGCCUUCGCUCGACUGGUUCAAUGCAGAUAUUCUGGACCCAACAUGGGACUUUAACAUGCAAAAGUAA